UUUUAAACUUAAAAGUUCAAAUUAUUUUUAAUUGUCUAACAAUUAUAAAACUCUUAUAAUCCUUAUUUUCAGUAAAGCUUUAAUGGCUUCUGGCAUAUAUUCUUGUACUACUUAGUAUUUAAAUAUUUCUGCUGAAAAACGAUGUCAAUUCUGUAAUUGAAAAGCAGUUUUUGAAGUUGUGCUCUGCAAAAUAAAAUCUUUCGGAAGAAGCAAUGUCUCCUGCUGUUAGUUAUGAUCACAUUUAUACCAUGCUAGAAGAAAUUUUCGAGUCUAGUAUUCUAGAAGCUGAUAUAUCUGACUUAAUUUCAAAUCUCGGAGAACUUUACGAUUCUUUCAAUGGCCAAGGCUUUGAAGAAAGUUUCAAAAGAAUUUUGCUGUACAUUUUGAGUGAGAGCAAGCGAAGUACUGAAGUCUCAAAGAUUCUUCGUUUUAUAGCUGAAAGUACAGUAACCUUAGACAAUAAAUAUAAAACUGCAGCUGGAAAGAGUGAUACUGAUGAAGAUAUUGAUGAUAUUGUCCAUCCAUUGUUAAAAGGCCUUUUUAAAAUUUUAAUAAGUUGGUCUGAAGCAUCCAGUUAUACAGUUCGUUUUCGAUCCUGUCAGUUGCUGUACUCUAUUUUGACAUAUAUACAAGAUCAUGGUGUAGGAGAGAUAGCCAUGGAAACGUAUGAAAGUAUUAGCAAACUUAUAGAAUCUCGGAGAAAGGAUGUGAGCAGUAAUGUACGUGCUCAUGCAGUUCUUCUAGCGAAAUUUUUUCAAGAUCCUAGUACUGUAAAUGAUCCCGUUAUAGCUGUAUUGUGCUGGCAGAUGCAGCAUGAUCCUUAUCCUCAUGUAAGACAAAAUAUUGUGAGUAUAAUCGCAGCUUGUGAAGAAACCAUAAUUCCCAUAGCCAAUAGAUUUUUGUAUGACAAGCACCCUGGAGUUAGAAAUGCUGCCUUAUUGCAUAUCUGUAAAAGAAUAGGUCCACGUUCAUUUGCUCCUGCUCAGAGAAUUCUGAUUUUGCACAGAUGUUUUACAGAUCCAUCUGAUGUCAUUCGUCGCAAUGCUCAACAGAAAUUGAUACCAGUAUGGUUUAGGGCUUGUGGAGAUAAAUUGAGCAAUUUUUUCAAACUUCUGAGAAUUGACCAUGAAAGUUUGGACAACAUCCCUUUUAUAAAGGAAUUAAUUAAUAUCAUGUUGAAAUGUGUCAAGAUUUCUCAAAUUAUAGAAGAAAUUGAAUUAGACAUGAAUAGUUUCUUACCUAGAUUGCCCCUGUCUGGAGAAAGAGUGUUUUUAUGGCGCCACUUGUUCAUUAAUUCUAGCAAAGAUGACAGAUUAUCUAAAUUCAUUGCUCCAGUAGACGAUCUGAUUCCAUUUAUUUUAAAAUGCCUAGAUGAUUCCUCGUGUCCUGAAGUUGAGGUGUGCGUCUUUACUGAGCUUCUCUUGUUUCUAUGUGAUAUUAUGGAAACAUUAGGUAUUAAAAAAUGUGAUGAAGUUUUUCCAAUGGUUCUGAACUUGCUACGACAUCCCUAUGUGCCAAAAGAACUGGUGCCUUAUUUCGUUACUCUUCACCUUACUUUUUCUCCAAAAGAAAAAGAUCAUAUUCACAAUGAUAUUUUGGAAGUUCUUGAGGAUUUGCAGAAACUGAUGCAGUUUUCUCUGGAUCAUGAAAAAAACAUUCUGUUAAAGUGUUUUGCUAUCGUGUCGCAAGUUUUAACAGAAGUAACCUCUCUGACUCCUGCUGUUAGAAAUAUUAAGGAUAAAUUUAUAAUCAAUUAUUUGAACUCCGUAGAUGAAGAUAUCAAAACUUGUGCGAUCUCUGCCUUAACAUCAUAUUGCCUUUUAGAUAUUAAAGAGGCAAAACUAUCUUGGUGCAUUUUUGAAGAUGCUAUACAUAUGGAGUCUGGUCCCUUAAGAAACAGACUUUUCGAGGGGAUGUUUGAUAUUUUGCAGUGUCAUGGCUCAGAAGUUUUUGCUGAUUUUUCUAAUGAUGGUCAAGAGAAAUUAGAACUCACAGUCACCAAUAUUUUGAAAGCUUUUGAAGAUGAAGAUUAUGAAAAUGAAGUAAUAUUGAAGGGAAUAUUGAAAUUGUAUAUGUGUCACAAAAUUUCAUCCCCUGUAAUCCUGGCAAAUGUUAUAAUGGUCUAUUUUCAUCCUGAUGGUUUAGCAUCGACUCGGAAUGAGUUGGAAAUGUUUUUCCCGUUUUUUGCCCAAACAAAAGCUUGUUACAAUUGUUUGGUUCAGUCAUUCUUGACGCUCAUUGACCUCUUAUUUGAUGCUUCAAAGAAUAGUUUUCUCUAUGAAAUAAGCAUUAAAGAAAUUGCUCUUCAGUUGCUUGUAUUUUCAAAAACAUUUGAAAACCUGAAUCAAUCUAAUGAGGAUAAGUUUCAAGACCUGUUAGCAUUGAAGCUGUGUAAGAGAUUUCUUAAAAAACCAUGGAGACUGCCUGCAUCCGAUUUGUACGGUGUUUGUUACCAAAUUAUGCCAAAACAAUUUGAUACAUUGCUUAAUUUGAAAGAACUCGUUGUGAAAAUCUUAGAGAGCCUGCAGUCAUCCAUCUUCCAGAAAAAAAAUCCUUAUGCUAAAAGGAGCAUAAAGAACUUCUCUAGUUAUCUGAAGAAAAUUCAGCAGGCAUUAAACAAAGUUCCUUUAAUGGAGUCCAAAAAUGAAGAAAUAGAUUCACCAAUUCAAAAAAAACUAGAAUUCGGUGAUGCAUCUUCUUCUCAAAUCCAAGAUGAUAUACUAUCUAGAAAUUCUGAUAUUGAAGUAGAUACUUCAUCUGUAUCUGGUAUAUCAAGUUCAGAUGAAAGCGGACUUCGAUCUUCUAUCAAUCCUUCAGAAGCAUCAACAGUCAAAAGACCAAGUCGUUUGACAGCCGUUCAAAUUUCAACCCCAUCUGUAGCUGAAACAUCCAAUAAAAUACCAGAUCCAACUCCAAGAAAAAUAGCAACUGGUAAUAGGUUGUCCAGAAAGACACCUGGCCUCUCUGCAAAGAAAACAGUGCCAGACAAUAGUUUCAAAACUCCCGGACCACAAAAAAAUAAGUCUCGAAAACAGCAGUUGGACAUUAAUUUGACCAAAACUUGUUAAUUUUUUUUACUAACUUAAAUUAAUAUUAACCAACAUGUCAUUUAAUUGUUUGAUAAUCAAUAAGUGCGCAGUUGCACGGUGAUAAUUUGUAUUAGUGUGAAAUAUAUAUACCUAUUUUUUGUAUUUUUAAAACAAAUAAAAAUUUAAAAAAUUCUGACAAUAUUUAAAUAAAUUACAAUAAAUAACUAGUUUGAAAUAUGUUAUUUUAUUUAGUUGAUAUCUGAAAUUUUUAAAUUAAUAUUAACUAUAUGCUCUUUGGUAUACUGGUUUUAAAUAGGAAGACAUAUGCUUUCAAUAUCAAUGCACUUUUGAAAAUUCAAAAAGAGAAUUUUCAAAGAAAUCCAACCCUUCUAAUUGCGUGCUUAUGAUCACAUAUAACACUCAUCAAAAUUAGACAGACAUGACCCUCUUUCUAACAUUAAAAAGUCGUGCGUUUUUAAGUUCCCUAAUGCUUGCCAUCAAACUUUUGCAUUCAUAAUUGUCAUAUGCAGAUCUCUUGAAAUUCGGUUGUAAGUGGCGACUCUAUUUUUAGCUUUUUAAUUACUAUCUGACUUUUUUUUUAUCAGUCUGAAAAUUGAGUUUAAAAGAUAUUCUUUCCCAUUCUUAAACAUGUUUUCAACAAUCAUCAAUUAAAAAAGCUCUUUUUUCCUUAUAUUUGCACUGUCUUGCAUUCAUCAAAUUUCUAAUUAUGUGUUUGUAAUAACAUCGUGUUAAUAAAAUAAGAAUUUAGGAAACUUGUAGAAAUCAGUACAAUAACUGCAGAAUUUAUGAUAAAAUCGGAGCUAAGUCGAACUAUCGUGGUCAAAACUUUAAAAGUGAUUAAUCAUGUGUGCAGCUUGAGAUUCAAAUUUUGUCUUUAAAAAAAUCAGGAUUUUUAAAAUUAUUUAGAAAGAUAAUGGUAUAACUGCCGAAAAAAUUAUUUUAAAAAAAAUCUUGUAGCUUCAUGGCAGAAUUGAAGCAUUCGAAAAUCCCCUGCAUAAUAAUAUCUGCUAAAAUGUUUUGGGAUUUCAAAAAAUAUUGUAGAAAUUUGUAGCAGUUCUCUGUAAGAAAUGUUGCUGUAUAGUAGCCUCUACUUUUUAUAUUGAAGUUAGCUAAAAAAAUAUUUACAGUAUAUGUAGAAAUUUUAUUUUUUAUUAUUAUAGUUCCGUUUAUUUUUUGUUUGGUUGAUCACUGAUAACACAUUAUUUUCAUGCAUAUUCAAUUUAAUUUACUUUAAUCUUUCAAACAAUUGAUGUUUUGCAAAUGUGAUAUAAUUUUUUGUACGAUAAAUACAGUUCUGUA